AUGGAGAAGAAUUUCUCAUCAACACCCACGGCUGUCAACGGCCAGGGUUCAUGCCCUGUCCUGGAUGAACCCUCAUGUCCCCUCCCUGCACAGAUUCCUUCAUCACCUGUCUCUAAAGACCUCUCUGCAGCUACUCCUCCCCACAACAAAUCUCCACCCAGUUCAGAAACCAGAAUAUUAUCAAAUUCUCCUCCACCGACCAUGCCUAACGCCUCCAAACAGAUGCAAUCUUCUCCUCCUGUAGACGAAUCAAAGCCCUCAUCCCCCACUGUGCCCUCGAAACCUACAUACAAAACUCUUCACAAUAAACCCCCUUUGCCUGAUUCCAAAAGCCCAGCUCCUCCACAAACUUCCACAAUUUCUUCCCCUUCCAAACUCAUUUCUGCAUCGCCUGCAUCAAGGACCUCAGCCUGUAGUGCUCCAAUGGAUUCACCUCCUUCAUCCACUGCUGCAUCUGCCUCCCCCACAAAACACACCUUUGCUUCCAUUGCCAAGCGUGUAAUAAUGCAGGAGAGGCUUCGAAAAGCAGAGGAAGAGGAUGCCAAAGAAGAUGACGAUGAAGAACCAGAGGAGGAUUUGUCUUUGGAGCAGUUGGAGGAGAAGGCCAACGCUGGUGAUGCCAGGGCUCAGACCCGGCUGGGUCAGCACUACUUGAUUCUUGCUGAAGAAAAGGACAGUGAUGUAAAUAACUGCCUGGCUGUUGAUUGGUUCAUUAAAGCAGCUAAACAGGGGAGGAAGAGUGCAGCCAGAGCGCUGCAACGCUGCUGGAUCCAGAGAAAAGGAAUCACGGCAGAGAAUGAAGCUGAUGUACGCAAGUUAUCGACAGAGAGCAAGUUUGAGUUGGCAGUGCGCAAAGCGGCUAUGAUGAUGUACUGGAAACUCAAUCCGGACAGGAAGAAGAAGGUGGCUAUGUCUGAGAUGCUAGAGAAUGUCAGCCAGGUCAAUGCAGUGGCAGAUGGUGCUGCUAACAGGAUUCCUGCUCCCUCAUCAGGCCAAACGCAUAAAGUGCUGAGGAGCAUGGUCAGGAAUGAUUCCCAGCAGAUGGUGGAUCUCGAUGAUUUUGUGGAGAUGACGAAAAAAUAUGCUCAGGGUAUCGUCCCCUCAGGAGCCCAGAAUAACACUCAAGUUUCGGACAAAAAAGAGAGCCCUGCACCCGCUGUGAAGGAGCGUAAGACUGCACUCGUUCCAUCAGGAUGUAAAAAGUCCAACAGAGGUUCUUGGACCUUUGGCCGAAGCAGAUUGAUGCUCCACUCCAAGCAGACUGGCGCCAUUCAAAGAGCCAUGGACAUGAAAUCACGGCUAAUGAUGCUGCAGUAUCCUCUGCAUGCAGCGAUUGAGAUGAAGGAGCACCUGGUCGACUGGGCGUCUCGAGCCGGCGUCCAGUGGCUGAGCACCGUCAUCCCCACGCAGCAUGUCAAUGCACUCAUCUUCUUCUUCAUCAUCAGCAACCUGACCGUUGACCUGUUUGCUUUUGUCAUCCCGCUGCUGGUUUUUUACCUGUCCUUCAUAUCCAUGAUCAUCUGUACUCUGCGUGUUCUUCAGAGCAGCAAGACAUGGGAGAACUUCCGGGCCCUCACGUCUCUCUUGAUACGUUUUGAGCCGGGUCUCGAUGUGGAGCAAGCCGAAACAAACUUCGGCUGGAACAAUCUGGAACCAUACCUGUACUUCAUCCUUUCUGUUUUCUUUGUCAUUUUUUCCUUCCCUGUCGCCGACAAGCAUUGGAUCCCGUGUUCGGAGCUUUCCACUGUGGCUGUGUUCUUUACGGCUGUCAGCUACCACAGCCUCAGCCCGACUGCCUCGACGUAUACUCGCCGGGCAAUGGCCAUCGAGGUAGCUUCAUCUCUCUGCUGCCUGACCCAGUUCCUCCCAGAAAACAUGACUGUCGUUCGAUUUCUGGGACGCACCUUCACCACGCUGCCACUCGGAGAGUCAGUGGUGCUUAAACUCAGCCUCCCCUGCCUGUUGUACCUUUACCUCUUUUACCUCUUCUUCAGCAUGGCAAGGAUGCGUGGUUUCCGUGGGACGUACUGUUUCCUGGUGCCGUACCUUGUGUGCUUCAUGUGGUGUGAGUUCUCGGUGGUUCUCCUGCAGAAUUCCUCCGCUGUGGGUCUCAUGCGCACCUGUGUCGCCUACUUUCUCUUCUUGUUUGCGCUGCCCGUUUUGGCUUUCGGACUCGCCACCAUGCUCUUCAUCCAGAUCUUCAAGUGGUUCCUUGAGCUGGAACUGACAAAGGUGAUCGUGACGCUGGUGGUGUGUGCCAUUCCCGUCACCCUGCGGCUCUGGACACGUUUCAGCAUGUCCAUCCUGGAUGUCUUCCGCUCACUGACACAGCGGGGCCCGGUCAAGCUCAUAUUACUGUGUAUCUCCAUGGUCAUCCUGUUAUUUUCAUUUUAUGUGUACCACUCAGAGGGGCAGAAAGUGUACAACUCCACCCUGACGUGGAGCCAGUACAGCCAGGUCUGUGGUCCCCCUGCCUGGGAAACCAAAGGCAUGGCCCAGACUCAGAUCUUCUGCAGCCAUUUGCAAGGACACAGAGUCACCUGGGCCGGGCGCUUCAAGCACGUCCGUGUGGCCGAGACCGAGAACGGGGCUCAGUCUGUCAUCAACAUGCUGCCGGUGUUCAUGGGGGACUGGCUGCGCUGCUUGUACGGAGAGAAAUACCCCAAAUGUGAGCCAAGGAACACCACGGUCACAAACCUCACAGCGGCAGACAUCACCUCCACUUCUGUUCCACUUCCUGUGCUGCUUCGAAUGCAAGAAGAGGAAGAGUUGUGUCAGAUCAAGGCUCUGGCCAAAAACACCUGCCACGUCAAGCGCUUUGACAGCUUCCGAUUUGAGGUGACGGUGGGAAUGAUCCAGGAGGGAAGUGCGGAGGAUGCAGCCAGGGAUGUAAUCCUGAUGGCCAGCCAUGAGUUCAGACAGGUGCUGCUCAAUCUGAGCCCCGGUCACCUGGUGGAGUUCAGCACCAAGCUGGAAGGCCGUCUCGGAGCCAGAACUCCAGCCUUCGAGCUGAAGGCCAUCCACUGUCUGGACUGCGUCUCCUCGCUUCUAACUGGAGGCAGACAGGUGAAGAUAGAGAGAGACUGGAGACGCACGACCAUGAGAGCCCUUAAGUUUGCAUUUGAUUUCUUCUUCUCGCCGUUCCUGUCAGCAAAAAUCGCCCCCUGA